AUGAACGGGGCCGUGUUGUUGAUCUUGCCCCUAUUUCUUGCCGUCGUAUUUGCCGAAGAUGAGACUUGUAAUGUACUCCGCAUCAUCACAGGGCAAGUUACCGAGAACCAAUUCUGCAAUUUAAAAGAUUUGCUGCGUGAACAAAUGGCUGAUGAGAAGGAUGUGAUAACGUUGGAUUUACCAGUGCGACCGAAGAAAUAUUCCGUGGAGUUGAUUCGCGAAGAAUUGGCGGGAAAGGCAGCCACGAUUUAUUGUGAUCCCAGCAAUACGAUCUGCCGGGCGGAGGGUCAGCGGAUAUGUGUGUGCCCGCCGACGUUCAUCUGUGGUUCCGAGUUUGGAACUUCAUUUCAACGGUGCAGCAAAUUGUCAUUUUUGGGGGCA